AUUAUAAAUAUAUACUUUAUUAAAAACCACCAGAAACCUUCAAUCGGUAUACAACAACCCACUUCAACUACAACUACCACAACCAAUACAAAACACCUAUCACUUUACUACCUCUACCUCUCUACCAAACGAACGUCUUUCUUUACCACUAAAGAAAGAAACUAAAGAAAAAAAAGUUUUUCUUUAAAAAAAAUCACAGCAUCUACAUUGACAUGUUCAGCAACCUUCAGUAACCCAUAAUUCUCACCCACCAAAACCCAAGCUACGAAUCUCCAUCGAAUCUUCAACCAACUACAAACCAAUUUUAAAUACAAAAAAAAAGAAUAUAUAUAUAUAACUCAGCCUGCUUUGAUCUUUAUUUUCUUCUUCUUAUUAUUAUUAUUAUAGUAUUUCUUUAUAUAUUUUUAAUUAUUUUGAAAUACGAACAAAAGAACAACCAAACCGAACCAAACCAAACCAAACACAACACAACACAACUUCAUCUAUUGAAUCCUCAGAAUUUUGCCAUCAACUGAACCGAUUCUUUAUCAUUCGACAAUCUACUCUUCUGACGAUUCCUAAACCAAUCUAGAAACCAACAAGCGACACCUCUCUCUUUCUCUCUCUCUCUCUCUCUCUCCCUCUCUCUCUUACACACAGCUCUAUCAUUGAAAUGACUACCUCAGAUAUGCGCCUACCUGGUUUCCAACAGCCAGUGGGGACAUUGGCUGUUCAAAACAAUUGCCUCUACAAUCCCAAUCCCAACAAGGACUCCCCCUAUCCUGGUCAUUGCAUUCAACCUUACUCCAUGCCAGACACACCAACCAGUGCUGCGUUUGAUACAUACCAACCUUUACCUACACCCAACAUCAACACCAACACCACCAUAAUUAUUAAUAAUAAUAGUAGUAGUAGUAAUGGUAUUACUAGCCUUACUACUCCUACCUCUACUCAUGUUACUACCGAUUCACCCGGUCAGCAACCCUGUACAUAUUCGAUCCUGCCUUUUGAAGAGCAACCCUGUCCUAAAUACCGUGAAUUUCUCGAAGCAUCUCGCCCCGAACGUACCCAAAUGAUCGAAAGACUUGUUGAUACUGCAGCCGAGAUUAUCGAUUCAAUUUGGCAACCAAAGUUCCUUGUCGAUCAAAGAAAAGUCAAGGUGAUCCCUACAAAGGGCUUUAUCCGCGAGAUGCUUAGUCGCUCAAAGGCUACUUAUUCGACUCUCCAGAUCUGCCUGUUUUAUCUCUUUCGUGUCAAGAAAGUCGUUCACGAGAAGCUCAGAAAGCGAUUCACUCAACCAACAAAUGUCAAUAAUGUCAAUAAUCAUACUGUACAUAAUCAUAAUAACAAAUCACCCCAACAAUCAUCAAUUAACCGUACCGAGGAUCUUAUGUGCUGUGGCCGCCGUAUGUUCAUGGCUUCACUCAUGCUGGCCUCAAAGUACCUCCAUGACAAGAACUACCGCAACCGCGCCUGGACCAAGAUUUCGGGUCUUUCGGUCAGCGAAAUCAAUGCAGCCGAAAUGGCUUUUUUGAAGCUGAUUGAUUACAAGCUCUAUGUGAGUAAGCCCACCUUUGAUAAAUGGUACACGCUUCUGCACAGCUACACUGCCAACAGGAAAAUAUAAAGUAUAUACAUAUAUUUUUUUUCUAUAUAUAUAUAUAUAUAUAUAUAUAUUUCUUUUCUUUUUCUUUUCUUCUUUCUAUAUAUAUUAUAUAUAUAUAUUAUGGUUAUCAUUAAUAUUGCUAUAAUUUUCUUUUUGGUCUUUUUGGCUUCUUUAUUUUUUCACUACUAUUUUGUUUUAUAACAAAAUAUCAUUAAAUACCAAGAAAAAACAAAAAAGGAAAUAUAUACUAAUGAUAUAAAAGAAAAGGAAAAAAAAAGAAAAAGAAAAAUAUAUAUAUUUAUAUAGAAAAUAAAGAAUUUCUUAUUAUUAUUUC